CGGAAAAUGAUAGGGAAACAAUGAUGGACCAACCACCGCACUGAUAAUCAGUGCAAGCUAGGCUGUCUCUUGCAUAGCAGUUGGGAAGAGAUAGGUAUGAAGAAAAUUAAUAUAUAGUGGAUCGUGCUUUUCACGCAGGAUUUGCACCGGCCUAGAGUUCAUUUGAGUGAGCAACAAUAAUCAUCUAGUGGUGUAGUGCCAUAGUUGAUGGCCUCCGACUCGGAUCGCCUUCGUGCGCUCAAGGCCUUCGACCACACCAAGGCCGGCGUCAAAGGCCUCGUUGAUGCUGGCGUCACCACCAUCCCCUCCAUCUUCCACCACCCACUGCCCAUAGAGCGCACAGAUCAUGAUCAGCACUUCACCAUCCCGGUCAUCGACCUCGCGGCUGCCACGGGUGGUACUACUACCACACCAUCCAAGCGAGUUGAGCUGGUUGGAGCGGUGAAGGCGGCCGCAGAGACGGUGGGCUUCUUCCAGGUAGUGAACCAUGGCGUGCCGAAGGCGGCCAUGUCGGAGAUACUCAUGGCAGUGCAGGGAUUCCACGAGCAGCCGAGGGAGGCCAAGGCACCGUACUAUACCCGGGACCUUGGUCGGCCCGUGAGGUACUGGAGCAACUUCGACCUGUUCCAGUCACCGGCGGCCCAGUGGCGCGACACCUUGUACAUGCAGAUUACGCCGGAGCUGCCGCAACUGGAGGAGAUCCCACCCGCGUGCCGGCCCAUCGCGCUGGAGUAUGCGAGGCUGAUGCAGCAGCUAGGACGCACCCUGCUUGAGCUGCUGUCGGAGGCCCUGGGCCUCGAUCCUGGCCACCUGGAGGAGGACGCCGCAUGCCUGGAGAGGCUCGCCGGCCACUAUUACCCGCCCUGCCCAGAGCCGCACCUAACACUGGGCACCACGCGCCACUCCGACCCUUGCUUCCUCGCCGUGCUUCUCCAGGACGCUGUCGGCGGCCUCCAGGUGCUUCUCGAGGAAGACAACAACAACAACAACAACAACAACAACAACAAGAACAACAACAACAACAACAACAACAACAACAAGUUGUCUGCUGUGUGGGUAGAUGUGCCGGCGGUGGAAGGCGCGCUGGUGGUGAAUGUCGGCGACUUCCUGCAGAUCGUCUCCAACAACAGGUUCAAGAGUGUGGAGCACCGCGUGGUGGCCCAGAGCGCCGGGCCUCGCGUCUCCGUAGUCUGCUUCUUCCGAAGGCAGGACGCGGCCACGUCCACCAGAGUGCUAGGGCCAAUCGUCGCUGACGGCGAGGCGCGCUUCAGGAGCACGACGAUGGCGGAGCUGAUCCGGCACAACAGGGCCAAGGGCCUCGAUGGCACCUCUGCGCUGCAGCACUUGAGGCUCUGAUUCAAUCUGAUCGAAACUACCUAGCACAUACGGUCUACAAGAUAAAUACUUUGCUGAGUGCUAGGUGCUACUACAUAUUAUCCAUUGGCUACUUUAUCCUUUUUUGGCAGGGAAGAAAGGAAUUGCAUCUUCUUCUGAUCUGCACAAUGUUGUUAUUUCCUCAAUUUGCCCAUCCUCCGCUUCCUCUCCGAGAGUCACGGUAGGGUCGUUUUGGUCUUGCCUAUCUUCUGCAUCCUCCCAGUCUGCAGACCCUGGAGACCAAGGCCCCUGCCAAGCAAAUGAAAACAGUGGCAAGCGCAUAUUCAAGCUCUAGCAUCGUACCGUAUUACUGCCACUGAACUACUAAGAUGGAAUGGAAUCAACAGCUACAGAUUAAGAAAACAGAUUAACUAUAUGUAUAUUACCUGGGGGUUGAAGUUUGUUUCCAUGCUGUAGGUUUCACUCGUGCAAAAUAAGCGCGAUCUUUGUUCAAUGAGCAGUUUUAACAUGCUCCCUCU